UCUCUCUCUCAUAUCCUCAUCAUUCCCUCCUUCCCAUUUCAACCCAACCUGUCCAGAAGGACUCACGUCGCCACCUGCCCUUUGUCCGUUUAUUCUCCGUUUCAACGAUCCCUUUGAAAGGGGGAAGAAACGUUGAGUCAUUGUGAGAAGAUGAUCAUCUCUCCUCCCCCUAACGAGUGGCCACAGCAUCAAAUAGAUGAGACAGGGUUGAUUGCUUCAAGUGGCAGGGUAAUGGAGAAACCAGGGCAAGAACAAGCACUUAAAUGCCCUCGUUGUGACUCUUCAAACACCAAAUUCUGUUACUACAACAACUACAGCUUAUCCCAGCCCAGACACUUCUGUAAGGCCUGCAAGCGUUAUUGGACUAGAGGGGGAACUCUGCGUAAUGUCCCAGUCGGUGGAGGCUACCGCAAGAACAAGAGGGUUAAGAGGUCUUCAUCCAACGAUGUUUCUUCUCCUUCUUCUUGUUCUUCAGCUCUUGGUACUCCAACUACUCCUCCUGUUUCCACAGCUUCCAUCCACAUUAAUCCUUUGUUAUAUGGUCUAUCCGGUAUGGGUUCUCCCUCAGACAUCAAUAACUUCCCCUUCCCAAGCUUUCAUUCCAGAGUCUCUAACAUGGAGACUUUGCCCACAUCAUGCAACACCGACUAUAAUCUUCAGCCACGAUUGAAUGUUCUUGGGUUGGGUUUCUCUUCUGCAGCUAUGAGUACUACUGAUGCACAUGAAGAUGAUUACCGAACUGGGUUUAAUCCUUCUUCCCAGAUCCAAGAUAUGGUUUCAAGCUAUUCCCUUCUUGGAUCUUCUUCUGCUCCUUCAACAGCUUCUUUAUUUGCUUCUAGCCUUCAUCAGCAGCUAGGUGGGCUUAAAGGUAGGAAACCUGGUAAUAAUCAUUUUCAGGCUUUGUUACCCUUUGAAGACCUCCAAAUGGGUUUGAGCAGCGAAAUGGGGACGGUGAAGGAAGUGAAGUUAGAGACAGGGGACAAACGAAUCCCAUUCCAGAAUCAAAUCGAACCAAUUGGACAGGCGGCCGACUCAUCUCUCUACUGGAAUACCACGAGUGUCAGUGCUUGGGCUGAUCUCAACAACUUUGGAUCUUCGGUCACCCCUUUAAUUUGAUCUAGCAAAACCAAGAUCAAAUCUUUAGCUUCUUCUUUCUUUUUCAACAUCUGGGUAUUUGUUUUUAGUUAGAUUUUGUUGGUUAUUUGCUUCUUUUAGUGAAGAACUUGGUGGCCAGAAUUG